CACCGGGGGAGACAAAGGCGAGCCCGGCCUCCCUCUCCUGGUACCAAGAUGUGGAUCCAGGUCCGCACCAUCGACGGCUCCCAGACGCGCACCAUCGAGGACGUCUCUCGCAAAGCCACCAUUGAGGAGCUACGCGAGCGGGUCUGGGCGCUGUUCGACGUGCGGCCCGAGUGCCAGCGUCUCUUCUACCGGGGCAAACAGUUGGAAAAUGGAUAUACUUUAUUUGACUAUAAUGUUGGACUGAAUGAUAUAAUUCAGCUACUAGUUCGCCCAGACUCUGAUCUUCCUAGCACAUCUAAACAGACGGAUAUACAGGCUAAACCCUGUUCUAAUAGUCCACCUAAAGUAAAGAAAGCUGCAAGGGUGGGAUCUUCCAGUCAGCCUUCUACAUCAACUCGUGCUUGUCUCAUUGAUCCUGGCUUUGGACUAUAUAAGGUAAAUGAAUUGGUGGAUGCCAGAGAUGUCGGCCUUGGUGCUUGGUUUGAAGCACAUAUACAUAGUGUUACUAGAGCUUCUGAUGGACAUUCACGUGGCAAAACUCCACUGAAGAAUGGCAGUUCUUAUAAAAGGACUAAUGGAAAUAUAAAUCAUAAUUCCAAAGAGAACACAAAUAAAUUGGACAAUGUACCCUCUACGUCUAAUUCAGACUCUGUUGCUGCUGAUGAAGACGUUAUUUAUCAUAUCGAGUAUGAUGAGUAUCCAGAAAGUGGCACCGUAGAAAUGAAUGGUAAGGAUCUUCGUCCACGAGCUAGAACCAUUUUGAAAUGGAAUGAACUGAAUGUUGGUGAUGUGGUAAUGGUUAAUUACAAUGUAGAAAAUCCAGGAAAAAGAGGAUUUUGGUAUGAUGCAGAAAUUACCACAUUGAAGACAAUCUCAAGGACCAAAAAAGAACUUCGUGUGAAAAUUUUCCUGGGGGGUUCUGAAGGAACAUUAAAUGACUGCAGAGUAUUAUUUAUAGAAGAAAUCUUCAAAAUCGAGAAGCCUGGAGCUCAUCCUAUUUCAUUUGCAGAUGGAAAGUUUCUAAGGUUAGUGAGAUUAGAGUUUGUGGUGUCAUUUGAAUUUCAUAUUUUUGUCUGGUAUUGUCCUUCCUGUAAAACUGAUUCCAGUGAGGUUGUAAAGGCUGGAGAAAAACUCAAGAUGAGUAAAAAAAAAGCAAAGAUGCCAUCAUCUAGUACUGAAAGCCGGAGAGACUGGGGCAGGGGAAUGGCUUGUGUUGGUCGUACAAAAGAAUGUACUAUUGUCCCGUCUAAUCAUUAUGGACCUAUUCCUGGUAUUCCUGUUGGGUCAACUUGGAGAUUUAGAGUUCAGGUGAGCGAAGCAGGCGUUCAUAGGCCUCAUGUUGGUGGAAUUCAUGGUCGCAGCAAUGAUGGGGCUUAUUCUCUUGUCUUGGCUGGAGGAUUUGCAGAUGAAGUAGACCGAGGUGAUGAAUUCACAUACACUGGAAGUGGUGGUAAAAAUCUUGCUGGUAAUAAAAGAAUUGGUGCACCAUCAGCUGAUCAAACAUUAACAAAUAUGAACAGGGCAUUGGCCCUAAACUGUGAUGCUCCAUUGGAUGAUAAAGUUGGAGCAGAGUCUCGGAAUUGGAGAGCUGGUAAGCCAGUCAGAGUGAUACGCAGUUUUAAAGGGAGGAAGAUCAGCAAAUAUGCUCCUGAAGAAGGCAACAGAUAUGAUGGCAUUUAUAAGGUGGUGAAAUACUGGCCAGAGAUUUCAUCCAGCCAUGGUUUCUUGGUUUGGCGCUAUCUUUUAAGAAGGGAUGAUGUUGAACCUGCACCUUGGACCUCAGAAGGAAUAGAACGAUCAAGGAGAUUAUGUCUGCGUUUACAGUAUCCAGCAGGUUACCCAUCAGAUAAGGAAGGGAAAAAAACUAAAGGACCAUCAAAGAAACAGACCAGUGAAGCCACAAAAAGGCCUACUUCAGAUGAUGAAUGUCCAAGUGCCUCCAAAGUGGUGAAACCAUCAGAUCCAGCGGAAGCAGUCGAGGCUUUCCAGCUCACCCCACAACAGCAGCGACUAAUCAGAGAAGACUGUCAGAACCAGAAGCUGUGGGAUGAAGUGCUUGCAUCUCUUGCAGAAGGACCAAAUUUUUUGAAGAAAUUGGAACAGUCUUUUAUGUGUGUUUGCUGCCAGGAAUUAGUUUACCAGCCAGUGACAACAGAGUGCUUCCACAACGUAUGUAAAGAUUGCUUGCAGCGCUCCUUUAAGGCCCAGGUUUUCUCCUGCCCUGCUUGCCGGCAUGAUCUUGGCCAGAAUUACAUCAUGAUUCCCAAUGAGAUUCUGCAGACUCUACUUGACCUUUUCUUCCCUGGCUACAGCAAAGGACGAUGAUCUGUCUACAACUGUUGUUCCUGGUGGCUUUUGGACAAUAAAGAAUCUAAAUGGGAAGGGAGGGUUGAAGCAACAGUGGACCAUAUCUCACAUUCGGAAGCCACUUCUCCUCUUUCCCACAUAGCCAUCACCUUGUGUGUGUAGUAAGAGGCCCAUUUCUCACCUGUCUUUUAAAUAUCAAAAGGUAGUUUCUGUGAAAACAACUAGUUUUAAUGAGUUAAAAAGUUGAAGCCUCAGCUCUAGUUGAUAUCCAAAUUUUGAUUUAUUUUGCAACUACCUCAGGACAGAGAAGUUUUAUGGGGAUUUUAAAAAUCAUUGAAUAAGGACAGAAAAAAUUUAUGGGGAUUUUAGAAAUCAUUGACUAAUUAGUUAAAUGAGAUUUUAGCUACACACUGCCUCCCAAAUAUUAGUUGUGCCUGUUUCUUGUCAUUUGAUUUUACAAAAAAAGAUGACACUUGAGAUUCUUGGAAUGAACGAAGCUUCUGUAGUAUGCAUAAUACUUUUUUUAAUGUCCCUUCUUCCAUUACAGUGUGUGUUUUGCAAGGUCAGGUUCAUUUUAAGCCCAUUUUGUGAACGCCAUUGUGCUUUUUUUCCUGGUGUUUUAUGCAAGUUGACUACUAAUAACUAAUGAGAACAAUAUGGAUGCAUUGUUGCUACAUUAGUGUAAUGUGGUGUGGUUUUGCAAUUCAGAGGUGUUCACAUGCUCUAGUUGUAAAUGUUCAUAAAAAGCCACUUCUGUACUAGUCAAAUUGCUUUUAGUGAGUCUAACUAGUGGUUUUACAUCUGCAGAGUAUUGAGGGCUGUACUGACUUUUGAGAAGAACGAAAUUGCUUCAUAUUGUGAUCCUAAAUUUUAUAUUCACUAUAUUCCUUAAAGUAUACCUUAAUAAAUAUUUUAUGAUCAGAAAAUAGCUCACUUUGCUUUACUUCACUGCAUUUUCCUGGCUUGUGUUAUAGAUUUUUACUAAUCAAUUAUUGGUUUUCAUUGUGUCUAUUAAAACAGACAUUUUUACUCUGAUUUUAGCAAUGAAAGCUAGAAUGAAGUCUUUUGCGCUAAGAACAAAUUUUAUCCUCAGCUUUUUUUAAAACUCUAAAUGGGAAAUAUUUCCAAAGUAAGAUAGUGACUGUUCUGUUGUAUGUAAUUUCUAAAUUGUGUUCAUUUUCAGCAUGAGUCCUACCUUAUAUUUCAGACAUGAGAAUAUUUUCAGACAUUGUGCUGUUCUCAAUACUGCUGUGUUUUCAUCAUUGAAGUUUUAGUAUGAUCAAGUCUUUCCACCUCUAUCUUCAUGUACAUACAUAAUGGCAAUAUUUACUGAAUAUUUGUACUAGUCACUCGCACAUUUUACACCAAAUGGCAGAAUUGUCCUCUGAAGUUUUAGCAUCUGGUCAUCUUUCCUUCUAAGCUAUUAUAGGCUCUUGUUCUUUGCUACGUGGCAAACUUGUUCCAUUUGAUGCUUCUGCAUUCAGUUAAAUUCAAAAUUAGCGUCUGGGAAACACUUAAAGCAUCAUGAUUAGUUUGUGACAUUUAUUCCAAUGUCUGUGAGUAGCCCUAAGUGACUGUAAGGGCCACUUACAGAUACUGAAAUAAUUUCUUAUUGUGAAGAAUCAGAAUUUAGUUAAGACUUGCUUAAGUUGAAAAUUAAUCAUUAAAUUUGUGCUAUCCACUGCUAUAUUUCCUCUUGCAUUGGUCACACUGAAUGACGAGUGGGAAAUAUCUCCCAGUUUGAGCUACUUGAAUUGGUUUAAUAAUACUGCUUUUAUUAGUAAAUGACUCAUUCUCAGUUAUGCUACAUAUUGUCUUAAUUCUUCUAUAACAUUGUAGAUUGGGAAAAAGCCUGAUUAUAACAACACAUUUGUGUCAGAAAUGUCCCAAAGCUAAAAAUGUCUUUAUCGUUCAUGAACUUAAAAAAAUAGUUUUCAAAGUUUCUUUUCACAAAUAGUUCAGCUUAUACUUAGGAAAUAAGGACUUUCAGAAAACAUGAGCAUAGUACCAUUGUCAAAACAUGCUAAAACACAUUGACAGUAGUUUUCGUAGAUUACCAAGUACCUACCUAGCAAAUGUUCUAAUUUCCCAUGUCUCGAAUAUCAUAAAUGGGCAUUUAAUUUUUAGUUGGUUUGUCUGGAUCAGGAUCCAAAUAAAGACCUAUCAUUGUGAUUAAUUACUAUCUCAAAUAUUUUUAAAAUCUGUUCAUCCCUCAGUCUUCUAUCCUCAAUCUUAAUCUCCUUCCUCACCCUCUACAGUUUGUAUGUUGAAAUUGAAUUGUUCUGAAAAUUUUCUGCAGAAUACAUUUAAGUGAAGUCACCUUGUGGUGUAGCUUAACAUGAUUAUAUUUUUGUGAAUUUUGGUAGUAGAAUUAAAGCAUGACCAAAUUCA